GCCCAAUUUUUUAUCACGUGACCUAUUACAAUUUACCCAGAGUCCUUUGCAAGUCCUACACGCUUGGAGCUUGAAACCAUAUUUCUCCUUCGGUCUACAUUCGAGAUUUUAUAAGAUGGAAGGUGGGCAAGGCUUCAAAGAAGAACCUCAAGACAACUACCACCAAGAAGAGCAGGAUGAAGGUGGAAGUCUGAAGAGACCAGCAGAUGGAGACUAUAACGGGAAUGUCAAAAGGAUGAGAGAGAGCUCAGAUGUUGAUAGCAACGCUCCCACAACUUUACGAAUCCUCAUUCAAAGCAAGGAUGCUGGUGGAAUCAUUGGCAAAGGCGGAACAAACAUCAGGCGACUCCGAACAGAGUACAAUGCCGUCGUGAACGUUCCUGAUACCAAUUCCAACGAGCGUGUCCUUACUAUCACUGCGCCCCGGCAAAGUGCCCUUGAUAUCCUAGCAGAAGUGGUACCUAAGAUUGGUGAGGUUCAGUAUGGACAUGAAAUACAGAUGCUGGUCCAGCGUUCCCAGGUUGGCAGUAUCAUUGGGAGAGCUGGUUACAAGAUCAAGGAGAUCCGUGAGGGUUCAGGAGCUAAUGUUAAAGUUUUUGCUGAUUGUCUUCCAAAUUCUACAGAGAGGGUUGUCACCAUGUCAGGCUCAGCAGAAACCAUUGUUAAGUGUGUAGAAAAUGUUCUUGUUGCUAUUGCUAAUGCACCUCUAAAGGGGCAAGUAAUCCUCUUUGAUCCAUCAAUGCAAGCAGAUGACUUUGGUUAUGAUGGCGGCUUCGGUGGACCUGGAUUUGGUGGAGGACCCAUGAGGGGUGGGCCAAUGGGAGGUCGUGGAGGUCCCCGUGGAAGGGGCAUGCAAAGAGGGCGUGGUGGCCCCCGUGGUGGCGGCCGUGGUGGAUUUGGUGGAGACUUUGGUGGGGAUGGAGGACGUUUUGAUGCCAGUAACAUGGGAGGUGCUACUGGUGGGACUGGUAACAUGUUCGGAGGUGUGGGUGGAACUGCCGCAGGCGGACAGACUGGACAAGACUUUUCACAGGAUAUGAGUGGCAGUGGAUUUGGUGACUCCAGUUUCCAAGCAGGAGGUCAAAUGAACCAGUGGAACCAAGGUGGAGCUAGCAGUGGUGGAAACACAGCAGGAGGAGAUCAGACCUCAACUCAAGUCACAAUACCUAAAGAUCUUGCAGGUUCCAUUAUCGGCAAAGGUGGCGAAAGGAUCAAAAUGAUAAGGAACCGUUGCAAUGCAGUGAUCAAGAUAGAUGACCCGCUUCCGGGAUCCAACGAUAGAAUCAUCACCAUCACUGGCAACCAGGAGCAGAUCAACCAUGCCCAGUACCUUCUUCAGCAAAGCGUGCAACAGUACUCUGGCAAGAAGUUCUAACUUCCAACAGAUUCUAGUCUCUAGUAUCAGUCGAUUCUAUGAGUGAAUACUAGUUCCAACGAUUCCUUCUUUACUUGUUACCGCCAGCGUGAGACAACAUUCCGGACAGAAGUUCUAACUCCAAACAGAUUCUAGUCUCUAGUUUCGUUAGAUUCUAUGAGUGAAUACCGGUUUUCAACGAUUCCUUGUAAACUUGUUACCGCCAGCGUGAGACAGUACUCUGGGAAGAAGUUCUAAAGUUUCUAAACCGACACAAGACACGACGAUGGAUCUGCACCCGAGGAAACCCAUAACUUCCUUAUACAGCAUGGAAACACCCACUUGUAAUAUCCCGAUAUAUCAUCUAGUAUGUUCAAAGAGCGCCUAUAGAGCGUAUAAUGUAUAAGCGUAUAGCAGCGUAGUUAAUGAUUUCUUUUUAGUUUUUUAAAAACGAUUUUAAAGACCUAUGUGUUUUAAGCAUGGGUGCGUUGCCCGCUUUUGCGUACUCGUUUCUCAAACACAGUGAAAAUGAUCAAGAGCCUGCAGCUCUGAAUGACCUCCGAAUCCGUCCAGUUUAUCUCUAUCACACUUUGCAGCCCCUUAAAGGGACACUUGCACGAUUGAGAAUGGUAUAAGUGUUAGUUCAGAAAGCUCGAAAACAUUCAGAAUCAUGUGGAAUGACGUUGUUUGCACGUCCUCACAUCGAGUGGAUGGAAAUGGAUAGAAAAUAUGUACUUUUACUUGCUGACUCUUGGAUGAAGUUAAACAGUAAAAUUUUAUGUUGUUUUGUGGCAAACAAUUUUAUUUUUUUACCAUUUCUUAGGUCAAGCGUGCAAAUACCCCUUUGUAAUGGUGGUUUCAUUUAAGCCCAUAUCUGCGACAUAUAGAGUCAAAGUAUAAUGAGCCACAAAUGUAUUAACAUAAUUAAAGCAUAGUAGAGCGAAUUAGGUUCAAGGACACCACAUGACUGAAUUCGAUUUUGAGAAACUUAAACCAUAUAAUUAUACGAUUUAAUUAUGCCAUACAUCAUCUUUGGCUCCAGCUUUCCCUUCACUUUCACUGUACCCGAUUAUGUGUUCUAGAAUCCAGCGUGCUGUGGGAGAUAUUCGUGAAUGGAAUGCACUGGUGACUCGCUAAUCCAGCUUGUCUGAUACCAGUCCUUCCCUCCCAAAAUACGCUGGAUUCUGGAUCACUCCUUGCAUUUGUAAAUUCAAUCAUUGUUUAUCCUUCAUCAAUAAAAUAAGUUUUUGUUUA